CGCAAUUCCUUUUUCACCGCAUGCAGUGCUACGUGCACUGUCUUUUCUUUCACUUUUUUUAAAUUAGAUUCGUGGCCAUACACAGUUUACAUCAUGGUGCUGGACUUAGAUUUAUUUCGUGCUGAUAAAGACGGAAACCCGGAUAAAAUUCGUGAAAACCAACGUAAGAGGUUCAAAGAUGUAGCCCUUGUGGACACUGUAGUGGAGCAGGAUACCCUUUGGAGAAGAUUGCGGCAUGAUGCGGACAAUUACAACAAACUAAAGAAUGUGUGCAGCAAAGAGAUUGGUCUGAAGAUGAAAAACAAAGAGCCGGUGGGGGCUGAAGACGAGCCGGUACCAGCUGAAAUCGCCGAGAAGCUGGUCGAUCUGACGGCCGAUGAUUUAAAACCUUUGACUGUUAACCAGAUUAAAAAGGUUAGAAUUUUAAUAGAUGAAGCCAUCACAAAGAAUGAGCAGGGUCUCCUGGCAGCUGAGAAGGCUCGUUCUUCAGCUCUCCGGGAAGUGGGCAACCAUCUGCAUGAGUCUGUUCCAGUGGACGAUGAUGAGGACCACAACAAGGUGGAGAGGACACAUGGAGACUGCACCUUCAGAACUAAAUACUCCCAUGUGGAUCUGAUCUGCAUGAUUGAUGGUAUGGAUGGCGACCGCGGGACGGCCGUGGCCGGCGGGCGCGGGUACUACCUCAAAGGUGCUGCUGUGUUCCUGGAGCAGGCCCUUAUCCAACUCUCGCUUAGGAUACUGCUGAAAAAGGGCUACACACCACUCUACACUCCUUUCUUCAUGAGAAAAGAAGUAAUGCAAGAAGUUGCUCAACUAGCUCAAUUCGAUGAGGAAUUAUACAAGGUGGUGGGCAAGGGAUCUGAAAACAAAGGCGACGUCGCCAUCGAGGAGAAGUACCUGAUCGCCACGUCGGAGCAGCCCAUAGCCGCCUACCACAGGGACGAGUGGCUCCCAGAAGCAUCUUUACCUAUUAAGUAUGCAGGUCUCUCUACGUGCUUCCGUCAAGAAGUUGGUUCUCACGGACGCGAUACCCGCGGUAUAUUCAGGGUACAUCAAUUUGAAAAGGUAGAACAAUUCGUGCUGACAUCGCCCCACGACAACGCAUCAUGGCAGAUGAUGGACGAGAUGAUAACUAACGCGGAGGACUUCUACAAGCUGCUGGGUAUCCCCUACCGCGUGGUGAACAUCGUGUCGGGCGCGCUCAACCACGCGGCGGCCAAGAAGCUGGACCUGGAGGCCUGGUUCCCCGGCUCCGGCGCCUUCCGCGAGCUCGUGUCCUGCAGCAACUGUCUCGAGUAUCAGGCUAGGAGGCUGCUCGUCAGAUACGGUCAAACCAAGAAGAUGAACGCGGCGACGGAGUACGUGCACAUGCUGAACGCCACGAUGUGCGCCACCACGCGCGUCAUCUGCGCGGUGCUCGAGGUCAACCAGACUGAGGAGGGCAUCAAGGUACCUGAAGCUCUAAAACAAUGGAUGCCGGAGCAGUACCAAGAACUGAUCCCAUUCGUGAAGCCGGCUCCCAUCGACUUGGAAGCCGCCGCCGCCGCCGCCAAGAAGGGCAAGAAAGACAAGAAAUAAGUUAGCUAGCAAAAUUACAAUGUCAUUCCCGCA